AUAGGAAACUUAUGUAAAUUGUGUGUGACAUGGGAGAAUCGACCAAGUCACCGAUUUCGGCCGCAAAAUAUUAUGGCAUUCUUGGAAUCUCAAAAUCUGCAUCCCUCCCAGAUAUUUGCAAAGCUUACAAACAUCUUGUCAAGAAAUGGCAUCCUGAUAGAAACACGUCCAACCAAGCUGAAGCCGUAGACAAGUUUAGAUCCAUCAAUGAGGCCUACAGGGUUCUUAGCAAGAAAAAGAGAGACGAAGAAAACUUAUUGAAAAGUGAUGCGAUAAAAACACCCCGAAAGAGUUCAGAUGAGGAUGAGCUACAAAUUUCAAGCCCCACGCUUCUUUCGAGAACGACCAGUCGGAUCAGUCCAACAGUAGAUUUUUACACAUCCAUGCCAUGUUUCUCGAUGAGUGGAGCCAGCACUCCCACAACUCCUGGCACCCCAAUAUCAGAUCAGACCCCAAACCUAUUCAAAGUAGCGAGCAAAAGAAACACAGCCCCUAUCAUUUUUUCCCAGUCGACUUCCAGGAGAAAGCCUCAGCCAAUCGAGAAGAAGCUUGAAUGUACCCUUGAGGAGUUGUGCCAUGGAUGCGUCAAGAAGGUCAUGAUUACAAGAGAUGUCAUUGCAACCACAGGGAUUAUUGUUAAAGAAGAGGAAGUUGUAACAAUAAAGGUAAGGCCAGGAUGGAAAAGAGGAACAAAAAUUACAUUUGAAGGUAAGGGGGAUGAGAGACCAGGCACGCUUCCAGCUGAUAUAGUGUUCUCGAUUGAUGAGAAAACACAUCCAUUGUUCAAGAGAGAAGGAGAUGACUUGGUGCUUGGAGUUGAAGUCCCUCUAGUCCAGGCUCUCACAGGUUGUAUAAUCACUGUACCUCUUUUGGGUGGAGACGAGAUGACUAUGUCAUUUGACCAAGUUAUUUAUCCAGGUUUUGAGAAAAUCAUACCAGGCCAAGGCAUGCCUAAACCUAAAGAAGACAGUAGGAGAGGGGACCUUAUUCUUCAGUUUCUUGUCGGAUUUCCUUUAGAUCUAAGUCAGGAACAAAGGUUCCAGGUUGUUAGCAUACUAGAAGAUUGCUCUUGAUGAUGAUGCUAAUUAAUUCGAGGGUUAUUCUUCAUGUACCUUCUAUAAUUAGAGAUCGUAGGAGAUUCUUAUGGUCCAAUUUCUUGUCCAAUUUAAUUUACUUUUGAUUUGAAUGAGGAACAACGGCCACAUGUUAUUAUUGUAGUAGAAAAACUGGUCUUAGACAUA